UGAGUGCUGGUGGGAGAGGCUUUUGAACACCAAACCUAUGUGAUCUGAGAAUUUGCCUGUCUACGAAAAUGAACACAGAAAGGAUUGCUCACAAGGAUGGUGGGUGGGGCUGGUUAGUGGUGGGAAGCACUUUCAUUGCCACGUUCCUUCGGUCAUCAACGGUCAAGGUCUUUGCCGUACUCCUGCCCAGCAUUCGAGACGAUAUGCAGCUGGAUACUUGGGUUGUUGGCUGGCUGAUCAGUGUCAUGUUUACCAUAUCCGACUUUACUGGUCUACCCGCGGCAUGGCUGUGUUCUAAGAGCGGUCACCGCCUUGUGGUCAUGACCGGUGGUUUGAUGGUUGGUAUCGGUAUCGUCUCUAGCUCUCUGGCAGUCGGAACAGCUCACCUACUCCUGUCGGCCAUCGUAACAGGUCUCGGUUUGGGAAUGGUGGAGAAUCCACCACUUGCAUUGAUCGGUAGGUACUUCCAAGCUCGUUACGCUACUGCAAACAGCCUGGCCUUGUCGGCUAUCCCUAUUGCCAUCAUAGUAGCUCCGCCUAUGGCUCAAAUUCUUCUAGAUACCUACGGGUGGAGGGGAACCCUUCUAAUGUGGGGAGGGGCUUGUCUUCAUAUGGCGGUUUGUGGAGCUGUACUUAGGCCUGUUGUCAUUCGGGGAGUCGAAAGACGAGACACGCCUACUGCUGACGAAGCAUCUUCACCAGACAGGAAUGAGAAAACAAGGACACGGAGGAUGAGGCAAUUCAUCCAAUCAAGCCAUCUGUAUCUCUUGAAGAACUUUAGUUUCGUCACGAUCGUCUGUGUGCUGUGCUUCGAGAGGCUGACAUUCUUAGCCUGGUUGAUAUAUCUUGUGCCUCACGGUCUCGAGGCUGGCUUGACACCGUAUCAAGCGGCUACACUGCCGUCUGGUACCGGUGUUGCUAACCUCCUUGGCAAGGUGGUGCAAGGCGUGUUCGUAGACAGUAAACUUAUCACGAGCACCGCUCUACUCUACGCUACCGCUGUGACAGCAGGAGUGAGUCUGAUGCUAGACCCGCUAGCCAAGACCUUUGCCAGCAUGUUCGUGUUGGGGACAGUCUAUGGCUUAGCCGUCGGCACUUUGUACCCGCUUGGAAUGACGGUUCUCAGAGAUCUUGUUGGAGAUCAAAGAUUCAUCGUCGCGCUAGGAUGGUGCACUGUGGUUCUUGGGAUAUUCCGCAUGCCUAUGGGAUUCUUUCCAGGUUGGCUAUAUGACGUCAGCGGUAACUACGAUACGUCAUUCAUCGUGCUCGGAGGUAUAGAAUUACUUCCAGUCCCUUUGUUGACGAUUGAUCUUAUUCGGAGGAGCAGGUGGUGGAGAGGCAAAGCUAACGACCGGAGGGAAGACUACGAAAGGCUCAUUGGGAUCUCCGGUGACUCUUUAGGGAAAGGCGGUGAAUGACAAGAACAAUGUGACUCAUUGGCGCUCCGUACCUUGUAAUUAUACUAACAUGUUAGGUAACAUCGUCGACACUUGAACUAAAUGAUCCAGCGAAACAAACGUUAAAAUAAGAGGUUCGAAAUCAAAAGAAAUGUGGAUUUCAAAAAGGGCAGGGUAAGAUUUUCAGGAGCGGGCAAGUUUUUGAAAAUCGUUUGUAUAAACUGCAAGUUGUUUUUGGAAAGGGUGUUUUAUCCGAGUUUAAUUCGAGAUAUGACUUCGUGAGGCGUUGUAUCUACAUUCAGAGCUAAUCAGGUAUAUCAGCAUUCAAGUUGAUGACAUUAGAAUGCACAAAAACCCGAACCAAAAAUUAUGUAUAUCAGUAUUUCUGUAAUUGUAGCUUACAUGCACUUAUACAGUCUGUCAUAACAUUGGUACUGGUCUAUGGAGUCCGUGCAAACAGUCGUGUUAUUGAAGAAUACUUGGGUGCUAUUUCCC